GAGAACCAGCAGGACCCUCGGGAGGAGGAAGAGCAGGCAGCGGCUGCGGCUGUGCCUGCGGCGGGCGGAGGUGCGGCAGCCACACGGUCCGGUCCGGGCACACGGCUGCGGCUGCGCCCGGGAAGCCCAUGCCCGGCCCGUGCCGCCCGGGGCUUGCCCAUGAAGCUGCUGCCGAGCUGGAGGAGGAAAACCCGGGGCUUCUCGUUGGGACUCUUCGCCCUCUGCCUGGCCACCGUCCGCAGCCUGCAAAGUCGCGGAGUGUCGCUGUACAUCCCCCAGUCCACCAUCAAUGCCACCGUCCAAGAGGACAUCCUGCUCUCAGUUGAAUACUCCUGUCACGGCGUGCCCACCAUCGAAUGGAGGUAUACGUCCAGCUGGGGAGUGCAGAAGAUCGUGGAGUGGAAGCCAGGGACGCAGGCCAAUGUCUCCCAGAGCCACAGGGACCGAGUCUGCACUUUCGACAACGGCUCCAUCCAGCUCUUCAGUGUGGGCGUCAGGGACUCCGGCUACUACAUCAUCACGGUGACGGAGCCCGGGAGCAGCCAGUUCGGCACCAUUGUGCUGCACGUGUCUGAGAUCCUGUACGAAGACCUCCACUUUGUUGCCGUCUUCGUCGCAUUUCUCAUUACUGUGGCCGCAGUGUUAAUCAGCCUCAUGUGGGUUUGUAAUAGGUGUGCAUAUAAAUUCCAGAGGAAGAGAAGACACAAACUCAAAGAAAGCACAACAGAAGAGAUUGAACUGCAAGAUAUUGAGUGUUAGCCAGAGGCUGGACUCAAUGACAUUCCUACCUCAAGAGGAAAACACCAUUUUCCAAAAAAAAAGACACAAACACAGCCAGUCCCCUCUACAGCCUCCCAUGGACCUGCCACAGCAGCCAUUCCUGAUGGGAAAGCUGCCAAGUUCACAGAACAGACUGCAUAGGUUGGACGGACACAGUCGUAGGACUUGCACCGAGUUUACGGUGAAAAGUGGGAGCUUUGCUCAGCGUCAGGGUCAUGCUGACCCAGAACAAACUGCAUGGUGCAGGCACUGGCUGCUUGUUGAAGACACUCAUUUGUGACACCUGCGGGAGGAGUCCCUGUUCCAGAGACCAGAGUAUUUCAAGAGGCGUGAGUGCAGCCUCAUCAGAACAGGUUGGGUCUUAGCAUCCGGCACACUGCUGUACCCUCCAGCCCCCCACCUUGGGUCCAAAUAGCACUGCUGUGGGAGCUGUCAUGAGG